AUGUUCGCGAUAAUGCCGAUGGAGACAGAGGGGCACGGCAGGGAGUUCGGCCGGCGGCAGAAGAUGCGCGCCAAGUGCACCGUAGAGUUCGUCUGCAAGUACUGCCAGCGGCGCUUCACCAAACCUUACAAUCUAAUGAUUCACGAGCGUAGUCACAAGGACGAUGUGACCUUCACCUGCGAGGUCUGCGGAAAGUCCUUCAAGCGGCAGGAUAAUCUCAAGCAGCACAGAUGUGGGUGGCGGUGAGCGGGAGCUCUGAAAUCUCCUGCACCUUGACACAUACUACUACACAACAAUGCACACAACAACAACAACUACUACAACAAAAUCAACAACAGCAACAACAAUCAUAACUUCUACAACAGCAACAACUAUUAUUACUACUCAGCAACAAGAACAAUUCAAAUUACAACCACGCACUAUUCUUUGAUCACCACUCCCUCUCCACCCUUUUAAUAUUUUCUAUGCACGAUGAAAGCGCAAUCAAUUUUUGACCGCCCCCCACGACAUAUCCAGCAUGCGCUAAUUUCUUAUUCUUUUAUAUAUAUACACACAUAUACAGACACACACGUAAAUUACCUUGAUCUUUUUCUUAUAUAUUUCCUUCUCCUUCCUUUACGAUUUUUUUUUUGUUUUUACCCCCUUUUUUUGACUCCCUCUUUAUUAUAUAUUACCCUUUUUACCUUAAACACGCAAAUCCGAUAUUAAGCUUUCGUUCUCGCUGUUUACUUAUUUCAUCACUUUUGUUUUUUUUUU